AACGCACCACAACAAUCGCCCGCCGUUCGCAGAACCCUGGGCAGCUUUGGCCCGCGCGGGAAGCGCUCCUGGAGCCGAAUGAACCCGGGCUGAGCUGUGAUGGCGUGAUCUCGGUACCGGGUCAGGCGCUCUUUGGAGAGGUGACUUGGUCCACGAGGACACCAGGCGUUGCCCUUGGACACUUGUCUCUUCGCAUCCUCCGUCUCCCUAGUGGGAAAGUUUUCUCAGCACCUCAGAGCUUUAAUAUCUUUUUUUUUUUUUCACUCGUCGCUGCCACGACACUUCAUCUGUGCCUUUCGAAGGGAAUUUGCCAAAGUCCACUUGUUCAUUCAUUUUGUCUAACUAGGUGUGCGCUCCCUGAGGGCAGAUCUGUGCCUCGAGGCUUUUUCUAUAAAAGAAGCAGCCCUAAAGAGACUUUCAAAGUUAGCAGGAUACAGCAAACCGCCCUAAGAAGCAACCAUGCCUCUCGAAGGAGGAAAGACUGACAUGGAGAGGAUUGGCCUCUUUAGUGAGAUGGAAUACAUUACUGUUGGUGAUAAAUAUGUCUCACAAUUUAAUAGACCCUUCAAUGAGGCUGCAAGCAAAAAUAGACAGAUGUUACCUGGGGGAUCCAAAGGAAUGUCUGAUCUCCAGGCAGGUUAUUUUGAUUCCCAAUUUGGAAGGAUUUUUGAAGGUGAAGGCUAUGUAAAUCUGAAUCAAGUGAAGAGACAGCAUAUGAUGGAAGAAGCAAAAAAAAAUCUAGGCAAAGCCUUUCUCCCUAGUAGUGGGGAUAAAAAGCCAUGUGGAUUAGGAAGCUACUAUGGAACCAUAGGUGGUCCAAUUCCAUUCUUCAGUGCACAAUCAAAACCCAGAGAAAAAUAUGAGGCACCUGGAAAGAACUUAUACACAAACCCAGGAAAGAAAGGAACUGGAUAUGGCUAUGCAAAUAUUACCAUAGGUAAACAGUUUUCACAUUCAGCUGAUUUCUAUGAUGCACCCAAAGUAAAUUAUAAGAAAGAGAAUGAAGCACACCGUCGUUUACUCAAAGGAACACCUUUCAAGUUAAAUCUUUAUCCAAAGGAUUAUUUUGACACCAAUCCUUACUCUUUUGAGAAAGCUUUGCCACCCAUUAAAAAAGUGGAAAAGAAAGAAGUGCUUUCAAGCCCUUUUAAACCCUCUUCUCCUGGUAAAAAGGCUGGUGGAAUGAAGGCAGGGACAUUUGACCCUUAUCCAUCACAUUCUGCUGACCCUUAUACGGUGAAAUUGGUAAAAGGGAUUUCUGGCAAAGGUGGUAAGAUUUUCCAUCCACCAAGUGGACCAAAAAGCAGGCCGAUUGAAAGUAUAAUGACUUUGAAUGUCAAAAGGGCACUAAAUUCGAAGAACUACAAGAGUGCCUCAGUACAGUCCUAUUAGCAACUGGAAGAUGAGUAGCUUUCUAGAUAUUAGUUACUAUCAAUUCAUUAUCAAGACUAAAUAUGUGGAAAAAUGUAAGAUGUUGUGGAAAAGACUGCUCAAGUAUUUAAAAGAAGUUGAAAGCUCCAAAUCUAACAGUCUUAUUUUACUACUACUAGUUUGUUAAUAAAUAGUAUUUGCUAAUUA